CUCGUCAUGAGUCAUUUUUACUGGGUUUUGACAACUCCGGUUAGACUCUUGACAGUGUUAAGGCCGUCACAGUUUCUCUUGCUCACUUCCACCCUGAAAUGUUUAUUUCGGCGGAGUCAGUGAGGAUGUAUUGGGUGUUUUAAUUUAUUUUCCAGGAUUCCACCGGUUUACAUACGGUUUCCUGAGUACAUCUCGGACUUAGUCUGGUUUUUGUUGACACCCAACAUGACUUGUCGUGUCUUCCAACUGACGCCGCGGCAUCCGCGCUUUCCACCGUUUCCCCCCUCGCGGUCCGCGGACCAUGAACCACUGAGUGUGCCGUGAGUGUAUUGUCCGUUUCGCAAGAUGAUGGAACGCCUGGAGCCGCUGUCAGACCCCGGGCUGUGUCUCCAGGACCUGGUAUCUGGAGUCGCCACCAGCUCCGGCCACGACCUGCAUCACCAGCACCUCCACGACACCACCGCUGGAGGACUGGGGGGCUCCAUGCUCGGCGGGCACCACCACCACGUGCACCACCACGAGCCGCACCAUCCCGUGCCGUGUCCCCCCACGGUCCUCCACCACGAGCCCCUCGAGAAACUGAAACGUGUGUGGGCGGAGACGGGAGACUUCAGAGACAACUCUCACCCCAUGACUAUGGAUCACACGCAACUUUCCUUCAGCUCCGCUCGUAGUCGCAACAGGGAUCGAAAGGGGCGAGUACUCUCAGUGGAGCCCCUAGGAGGGAUCAAGACAGAAGGAGUGGACGCCGACGACAACUCCAAGGACCAGAAGAACAGCAAGACCAACAAACGACAGCGGAGACAGAGGACGCACUUCACCUCCCAACAGCUACAGGAGCUGGAGGCCACCUUCGCCCGGAACAGGUACCCGGACAUGAGCACCAGAGAGGAGAUCGCCAUGUGGACCAACCUCACGGAGGCCAGAGUCAGGGUGUGGUUCAAGAACAGGAGGGCCAAGUGGCGCAAGAGGGAACGUAACGCGAUGAAUGCUGCUGCUGCCGCCGCUGCCGACUUCAAGAACGGCUUCAGCACCCAGUUCAACGGACUGAUGCAGCCCUUUACCGAUACUGACUCACUUUACUCCUCCGCGUACUCGUCUUACAACAACUGGGCCACUAAGGUUCCAAGUCCCUUGGGCACCAAGACGUUCCCUUGGUCUGUCAAUCCCCUGAGUACAGUGAACCAUCACCAAAGUUCCGUUAACUGCUUCAAUGCAGCGGCGACCUCAGUGGCCGCCUCCAUGUCGACGGGUGCCGGCUCCAUGCUACCAGGUGCUCCUCUGGCGCCCUCAUCAGCACCCGCGGGCGCCGCCUGUCCCUACGCGCCCCCCACAGCCCCCUACUCCAUGUACCAUCACCGCACCGCCGAGCCCUGCAACGUCAUGACCUCCAGCAUCGCCAGCCUCCGGUUGAAGGCCAAGCAACACUCGUCAGGGUUCUCGUACUCACCGACGACACCCACCACGUCCAGCGCUCCCGGGGGCCGAGCGGGGAGCGGCGGGCUCAGUGCCUGUCAGUACGCCACGGCCGGGGGUAGUGAGCGUCCUGGUGUCUGACGCUACUCUGUCCAGCACUUGAUGGACUUCAAGGAAGACAAACUCCUCGCCAUCAAGACUGAGAAUGCGGACGACAAAUGUGGCAUCGACAACCAGGAUUUUUGAAAGUUCCAUAAUAACUUCAUGAGUGAUAUCGACUUUGACAUUUUGUAACGAUACAAUCCUCCCAGAACUGAACAGAUUUUGUACUGUGUGCCAAAGCCAAAGAUUGCGAUUUUUGUAUCAUACUUCCUUUUACUUCCUGGCUUCAAAAUCCUCUCUUGUGUAUAUCGGUCGGAAUUCAAUUCCUAUAUGUCUUUGGAUAACUCCAGUUUGGCAUUGGUAUAAAUCAAGAUAAUUUUUAGUAACGUUUCGUUAUGGAUUACUUUUAUAUCUUCCAGUUUUUUUUUAUACAAUUAGAUACUAAACCUAAAACUAGGAGGAAAUACUUAAUUCAAGGUAUUUUAAAUUGUGUAAUAGCAAUUAAUGGAAUGCUUAAAGCUGUGUGAGAAACCUUAAUGGAUUAAUUUGCUGAUUAAGAAAUCUGUAGCACAAACCUUUAAAUUGCUUAGAGUUACAACUCAUGAUGUAAAAGACAUUAAGAAAAUAAGAACUUAAAUACUGCUAAGUUUUAUAACAACAAAGCAAAUUCAUUUUUUCCCAGGAAUUUUAUUCCAAGAAGAGUGAUUUUAAAGCCAGGCCCUCUAUGUAUAUACUACUCGUCUCAAGCAAACUAAAUGUACUAUAUAAAGCAAUAUCAAGUACCUGACCAGUACUUAUGAGUCGUGGCCAACUAAGCCGAAUGUACAUUUGUAUUAUAUCCGUACCUAUACAAUACUGUAUCGCUGUAUCAAUCAUACCAAGUGUAUCUCUCUGUAUACACAGUUUGUAUAAUAUGUCAGAUGGUGUCGUCGUGUUUUGUAUUACUUCACAGUCCGACCGACCCACUCACUGGAGGUAUUCUGGGCUAUUAUAGUUGUAUUCUUCGUGUAUUUUUAACAGUUUUAUGAUCCAUCUCGUUUAUUCAUUACAUGAAAUUAUGCCCACAGCUAUCGGGAUCGGAAGCAAAUAUUUUGGAACAUGUAACCUAUCGUGCUUCUUUAACAUUUAAUGUUCCGAUUAUCCAGCAUGUUCUUAAAUUUCAUAGAAUUAACUAAAUUCUAUGAAAUUUAAUUCUUUCAAUAGCACUAUUGUGCGAAAAAAUUACACUAACUAAAAAUGUAAUACAUUUGCUGUUGUGUUUGUUUGUAAAUUUCCAUGCUUGAUAAAUAAGACAACGCGAGCU